UGUGGACAAUCUCAUUCAACUGCAGGAGGAGGACUCGCAACUUCGUCGGAAUGUGUCCUGUGCGCGCACCUGGAGCCGCCGGAGACAUGCAGAGGCAACUCAUUUUAGCCGGUUUCCACUCUGCCUUAUGAUACGGAGCGGCGGCGGACCGGAUUUGUUCCCGUGAUGGGGAGAACCACACGCAGCUGCGCGGCCGCGGUCCUGCUGGCGGUCAUCAGCUCAUGUCGCGCAGUCACUCUGGGCUCCAUCCAUUGGAGCAGCUCCAACUCACAAUUUAGUCCGGGUCAGGGUCUGGUCCUGUAUCCUCAGAUCGGGGAUAAGAUGGACAUCGUGUGUCCCCGUGCAGAUGCUUCCUCGGGGGGGAAGGAGGAAUUCUACCGAGUGUACCUGGUGUCCAGAAGUCAGAUGGAGAGCUGCACCAUCGCCAAGACGGAUACGCCCCUGCUGAACUGCGACAAGCCUCACCAGGACGUAAAGUUCACGUUCAAGUUUCAGGAGUUCAGCCCCAACCUGUGGGGUCUGGAGUUCCUCAAGGGGAGGGACUAUUAUAUCACCUCCACCUCUGCAGGCUCUCUGCAGGGUCUGGAUAAUACUAAUGGAGGGGCGUGCAGAUCCAAAUCCAUGAAGCUGGUGCUGAGAGUCGGCCAAAACUCUUCAGAUCCACCUUCAAUCCUCCAGGAGUCCCCCACCAGGUUCCCACCCACACGACCAAAGUCCAAGUCUGCAAAAGAAAAAGAUGGAAAAAGCAAAACUGACCCGGACUCAGAAGUGGGACAGACAAACCCCAGUGGCGGCGACGGCAGCGGCUCAGAGCCCGGCCUGUUGAUGCAACCGGGUUGGUUGAUGUGGGUGCUUUGUGGCGGUGGGAUCUUCCUCCUGGUCGUCAUAAUUCUGCUGGUCGUGCUGUGGAGACGCCGUCACCGUCGCCCUGUCCCAGACCGCCAGCAGUCUGCCUCUGUGUCCCUCAACACGUUGGCCGUGGCAAAGCGGGACAGCAUCGGCAGCGACUACAACGACUCGGACCGCAGCGACGCUGUGUUUCCUCUGCGGGCUUCUGACAGCAUGAUCUGUCGUCAUUAUGAGCGCGUGAGCAGCGACUACGGCCCCCCUGUGUACAUCGUUCAGGAGAUAACGCCCAAGAGUCCCACCAACAUCUACUACAAAGUCUGACGUUCGCCGCUCUCAUGCCAGUCUGUGGUUGGUCGCCCUGCACUGUCUGGGACACACAGUUUGGAAGUUUGUAGUGCGUGGGACCAAAGGUCACGACCAAAGGUCAUCAUACCUACAUCUGAGAGCUGUGUUGGCCACAUACUGUUUCUUAUACUUCUGUCACAAUUGCAAACCGUUUUGUUUUAUUGAUACAGAGAGACAAUCAGAGAGGAGCUUGGUGCGUCAUUCCACUCCACUACAUAAUAUUUAGCUUUUUACUCCACUACAUUCAUAUGGCAGCAGCCAGUUAGUCAUUACUUUGCAGAUUAAGGCUUUGCGAAGAAAACGUAUCAUGAAUUUAUCUAAUAAGUUGCAUUUUACCCAACAGCGUGUAAAGUACUUACAAUGAGCUCCACCUCAACCCACUGGUAAAGUUAUGAUUAUUUACAAUCCAAUAACAUAAUCUAUAAUAGUAUAACACUUGGGUCCCUUUUUUAGAAUACUUUAUUUUAAGUACAUUAAAUAAAGUAAGUAUGAAUAAUAUUUACAAACAAAACUUAUGAAGAACUUUGGAUGGUUUAAAUCAGUCAUCACAAAAAUGAAUCGAUGAUUAAUCAAGUCAAACAUUUUGUUCUUUCAGCUUCUCAAGUGUGACACUGUAUGACAGUAAACUGAAUCAUCUUGAGAUCUGAAGCUUGAGGUUACAUUUGCUGAUGAUACUUACAUACUUUUACUUGUA